AUGGUGCCUAACAAAGUCCAACCCUUCAAGAUCGCAAUUCCCCAAAAAAGGAUCGACAUAUUGCAGAAAAAGCUGCAACUCGCAACCCUUCCAGAGGAAGUGAGCUUCUCAGAUGUCGAGAAAUACGGCGCGUCGCGGUCCGACAUUAAGCGACUCGUCGAGUACUGGAAGGAUGGCUUCGAUUGGCGCGCGCAAGAAGCAGAGCUGAACAAGCUGCCUCAGUUCACCACGACCGUCAACGUCGAUGGCUUCGGGGACCUCGAAAUUCACUUUAUCCACCAGCGCAGUGGCCAACAAGACAGCAUCCCCCUGCUCUUCUGCCAUGGCUGGCCAGGAAGCUUCCUCGAAGUCAGCAAAAUAAUGCCCCUUCUGACAGAGCCGAAAGAGGGACCGUCUUUUCACCUCGUCGCGCCGUCGCUGCCAAAUUUCGGCUUUUCCGACAAGGUCAACCGGGCAGGAUUCAGCAUCUCUCAAUAUGCUGAAGCUAUCCACAAGGUCAUGUUGAAUUUGGGGUAUACAAAAUAUGCCACCCAAGGUGGUGACUGGGGAUUCUUCAUUACUCGUUCUGUUGCCGCCCAGUUUCCUGAACACUGUUUGGCCUCACACGUCAACAUGCAAAUGAUCCAGCCGUCAGCUACAACGACAGGUUGGUUUGGGCUAUACAAGCUUCUGGGCUGGUUCACCAAGCAGGAAAGUGAGGGCUUGGAGCGGCUUGGCUGGUAUUUGAAGGAAGGAUCUGGCUAUCUGGCCGAGCAGAGCACCAAGCCCUUGACAAUUGGCUACUCCCUGGCCGACUCACCCGUAGGCUUGCUGGCCUGGGUCUACGAGAAACUCCAGGAAUGGACUGACGACUACCCAUGGACGGACGACGAGAUAUUGACCUGGGUAUCCAUCUACCAAUUUUCAAAGGCGGGCCCGGCCGCAAGCACUCAAAUUUAUUACGAAGCGCGGCACGCCGAGAAUGCGGACCUUAGAAAGGCUAUGGGGUAUGUACCGGUGCCGCUUGGAGUCUCGUCCUUUCCGAAGGACAUCUCUCCCAUACCAUUGUCCUUUUGCAAGGCACUCGGCCCCGUUGUCUUUCAGAAGCGCCACGAGCAAGGCGGUCACUUCGCGGCAUACGAAAAGCCGCAACUUCUUGUGCGGGAUGUGCAGGACAUGUUUGGAAGCAGAGGGGGCGCAUAUGACGUCGCUGUGCGGCUUCGAUCGAAAACACAUGUGUAG